AUGGCCUCCGCGCUCAUCGCCGGCCGCCGCGCGCAGAGCCACCACUGGGGGGACAAUCGCGGCCCGCUCGCGCCCGCGCCGAGCCCUAACCCCGGCCACCGCGCCCUCCCGCCCGCCGACGGCUCGAGGGCGCAGCACCCGCUGGCCUCGCCGGGGGUCGGCUACGUCACGUUCCGGCCGUCGGGGCUCACGCACCGCGAGGCCGGCGCGCUCCGGGACCGCCUCGCGGGCGAGCUCGGCCAGGUCCGCGCCCUCCUCUCCCGCAUCGACGCGUGGCAGCAGGAGCUGGAGCUCGAGCAGCAGCACCGGCAGCCGCGGCGGGGCCAGCCGAGGGAGGGCGGCCUCCCCGCGCCCCCGUCGAAGCUGCGGGCGGCGAUGCGGAAGCGGUGCGCGCAGAUCCUGUCCAAGCUGCGCAAGGACAAGCGGAGCAUCUGGUUCAACGCGCCCGUCGAGGUCGAGACCCUCGGCCUCCACGACUACCACGCCGUCAUCAAGAGCCCCAUGGACCUCGGCACCGUCAAGGCCAACCUCGCCGCCAGGAACUACCCCUCGCACGACGCCUUCGCCGCCGACGUCCGCCUCACCUUCGCCAACGCGCUGCGGUACAACCCGGCCGGCCACACCGUCCACACCUUCGCCGGCGACCUCCUCGCCUCGUUCGAGAAGAUGUACGCUGCGGCCGUCUCUUGGUUCGAGGAGGAAUGCAGACGCCUUCCAUCACUGGUGCCGGUGCCAGUGCCAUUGCCAGUUCCAGCGGAACUGCCACCUCCGGUGGUCCCACUCCCAGCACAGGUCAAGCCGAGGGCGGUGAGGAUGCCGAAACCCAAGGCGAGGGAGCUGAACAAGAGGCAGAUGAGCUUGGAGGAGAAGAACAUGCUUAGGGCGGGGCUGGAGAGCUUACCUGAAGAGAAGAUGCAUAAUGUGCUGCAGAUUGUGCGCAAGAGGAAUGUCAAUAACCCGGAGCUGCUUGGGGAUGAGAUUGAGCUGGAUAUCGAUGAAAUGGACAUCGAGACGCAGUGGGAGCUUGAUCGAUUUGUCAACAACUUCAACAAGGCGCUCAAAAAGAGCCGACGAGCUGCAAUGAUAAAUGGGGGCAUUGCUGAUGUCAACAAUGCUGAUGGAGCUGGAGCUGUGAAUGGUGCUGUGCCUAUUUUGGUUGACCAUGCUGAUGUGGAGAGCGAGAAUCCUGAGAACACUGUAGUGCCUGAGCAGGUGGAUGAGUAUGUAGAUAUUGAUGACGAGAUGCCAACCGCAACUUACCAAUCAGUGGAGAUCGAGAAGGGCGCUGAGGCCACGAGUGUCUCUGGUGGUUCGGGAAGUGGUUCUUCAUCAUCCAGUGGUUCAGGGUCAGGGAGCUCAGGGGCAGCACCUCAGAAGCUGGCAAUGCUCGUUCUCUGGUGUAGAGGAGGUCGUUCUAAUAGUAGGAUUUGA